AUGAUGGCGGCUUCAAAAGCUCCUAUGCCCUCGGCUUUAACGUUUGAGUUAUUGGCUCGUUGCUCCACAACAAAAGCAAGAGCCGCCAAUUUGACUUUACCUCAUGGCCCAGUCCAAUUACCCAUGUUCAUGCCGGUCGCCACACAGGCAUCAUUAAAAGGGUUGACUCCGCAACAACUUGAAGAUACAGGUUGUCGUUUAUGCUUGAACAACACCUAUCACCUAGGCUUGAAACCAGGGCAGGAGGUUUUAGACAAAGUUGGGGGAGCGCAUAAGUUACAAGGGUGGAACCACAAUAUAUUAACAGAUAGUGGAGGUUUUCAAAUGGUCAGUCUCCUAAAAUUGGCCAAUAUCACAGAGGAAGGUGUACGCUUCUUGAGUCCGCAUGAUGGAUCCCCUAUGUUACUCACGCCUGAGCAUUCAAUGUCUCUUCAAAAUUCCAUAGGAAGCGACAUUAUCAUGCAACUCGAUGAUGUGUUGGUCACUACCUCUCCCGAUGCCGAAAGAAUGAAGGUAGCAAUGGAGAGAAGUGUUAGAUGGCUCGAUCGAUGUAUCACCGCACACGCGAAUCCGACCACACAAAAUCUGUUCUGCAUUAUACAAGGAGGAUUGGAUUUAGAGUUGAGGAAAAAAUGCUGUGAAGAGAUGGUAGCAAGAGGGACCCCAGGUAUUGCGAUAGGUGGGUUAAGUGGUGGUGAAGCCAAGUCGGAUUAUUGUCGUGUAGUAAAUACAUGUACAAGUCUCUUGCCAGAAAAUAAGCCCAGAUAUGUGAUGGGAAUUGGGUAUCCUGAAGAUUUGGUAGUCAGUGUGGCAUUAGGUGCAGACAUGUUCGAUUGUGUAUGGCCUACUCGCACAGCACGAUUUGGAAACGCAAUCACCAAACAUGGAGUCCUAAAUUUACGACACGCAUCUUACGCGAACGAUUUUGGGCCAGUGGAAGAAGGAUGUGGAUGCAUAUGCUGCAGAACAGGAGAUGGCGGUCUGGGUAUUACCAGAGCAUAUGUUCACCAUUUAGCUGCUAAAGAGACUGUUGGCGCACAUUUACUCACCAUGCAUAAUGUUUGGUAUCAACUGGAGUUGAUGAGAAAUGCUAGGAAAGCGAUUAUUGAAGAUAGAUAUCCCGCUUUCAUCAAGAAGUUCUUUGCAGAUCUUCACGGUAGUGAGAAAUCUAAAUAUCCAGAUUGGGCAGUAGAAGCAUUAAGAACAGUUGGUGUUGAUCUAAUGGAGUAA